AUGCUCAUCGCUGAAAACACGGGCGAGUCCCUCCCUGCCAAAUCGAGUAGCGACAAAUUCAAGCGCCUCAAGAAGAAUCGCGAUGAGCUGGGCCUCGGCAUGGACUUUGACGACCGGCACGGCUCCGCGGAGGGCGAGCGCCUGGACGAGGCCACCCUCGAGAAAGACCUCUUUGGCGACGACGAAGAGGACGACCAGGACCAGCCGCCGCAGGACCAGCGUCCGGCGCCGGAAGAGGAUUUCGACUCGGAGGAGGAGGAGUUGGACGACUUCAUCGUCUAUGGACCCGACGAAGAGCAGGAGCGGCGAAAGGCCCGCAAGGAGCGCCGCCACGCCGGCACGAUGGGCAUUUCCCAGAGCCAGCUCGACGAGGCCGCUUCCAUCUUCGGCGGCGACAUGAGCGAAUUCCUACAAAACCAGCUCGACGAAGAGGACUAUGACUACGAGGGAGAUGAGGAGCGCCCACGAAGACAGAAGGCGGAGGCGUCGUCGGAGGAUGUGCUGGAACAGAUCAAGCAGCAGUACGAGCCCAGCCUUCUCGCCGAGAAGUUCAUCACCACCGAGGACGAGCGCAUCCGCCGCACCGACAUUCCCGAACGCCUUCAGUUGCGUUUCCCGGGGCUGGAGCUGCCGCCCGUGGAGCGCGAGAUCCUGGGUCGGGAGGCCGAAUGGAUCUUCAGUCGAGUAUUCCAGCACCGGCCGGGCCUGGACACCCACCAGCACGCCAUGGUGACGCGCAUCAUGCAGGUCCUCGAGUUCAUCCGCAAGCAGAACUACGAGGUCCCCUUCAUCGCGCACUACCGCAAGGACUACUGGCGCUGCCCGCAGCUCUCGCCCGCGGACCUGUGGCUCAUCUACGAAUGGGACGAAAAGUUCAUCCACAUCCUCACCAAGAAGGCCAAUCUCCGCGCCAUGUACAUGGCCAUCGAGGGCCUCGAGGAGGAGUACUACGGGGAGCUCAUCGAGUCGUGCGACACGGACCAGGACGUCAAGGACCUGCACGACCACUUCCAGCUGCACUACCACGAGGCCAUCGAGCAGGUCUCAACGUCGCGCUACAAGCGACCCGUCAAGAGGGACUUUUACACCGUGUGCAAGAAGACCGGCCUCGUCGAAUUCGCCAACAAGAGCUUCGGGCUGACGGCGAAGCAGUUUGGCGACAACCUCAUGGACUCAGUUCUCACGCACACGCCGGCCAACCCGGAACCUGAUCCAGAGACGCUGGCCGCCGAGUUCAUGAACUCGCCGGAGAACCGGGAGUUCGUCGAUGUCGAGUCGGUGCUCAAGGCCUCGCGCUACGUCCUCGCCCGCGAGAUUGCCUACGACCCGCACGUGCGCACGUCGCUGCGCUCCACCUUCUACGACCACGUCGAGGUCUCCACCUUCCCCACCCCCAAGGGCCGCAAGGAGAUCGAUCGGCUCCACGAAUACUUUAAUGUGAAACGUCUGGAGAAGAAGCCGAUCUGGGCCUUCAAGGACUCGGCCCAGUUCCUGCAGAUCGUGAAGGCCGAGAAGGAGGGCUACAUCACCGCCACCAUUUCCAUCCCCAACGAGGCCGACUUCCUGCAGGAAAUGGAACAGCUUUACCUCUCCGAUGGCUACAGCCUCAACGCACAGAAGUGGAACGAGCAGAGGCGCCUGGUGCUCAAGGAGGCCCUGACGGCCAACCUCUACCCGCUCUUCAGGACGGAGCUGCGGGCCAAGAUGACCCAGGAGGCCCUCGACCACGUCCUCGCCCGGAGCACCGCCAACCUCCGACGCGAGCUCAUGCGCGGCCCCUUCAAGCCCAUCUCGUCCUCCUCGCGGUCGGACUACUACGACGACGAGGACGAUCGCAUGGAGCGGCUGGUGGGCAACACCAAGGUGAUGGGCUGCGUGUGGGGUCAGGGCGAAGCACCCACCAUCUGCAUCGUGGUCGACCGCGACGGCCAGCCGCUCGAGCUCCUCAAGCUCAACUUCAUCAACAUGCGGUCGGACGAACAUGCGCCUGAGUUGGACAGGAGGAGGAAGGAGCAGGAGCUGGACCAGCUGAGGGAUUUCAUAUCCGACCACACGCCGCACGCCAUCGUGGUGGGCGCGGGUCCGAACGAGAUCGACUCGCGGCGGUUCUUCGAGGAGCUCACCCGGGCGGCGACGACCGUGGAGGCGCGGAAGGACCUGCGCCACCGCAUCCACGUCACCUACGCCGAUUCGCGCAUCGCCAAGAUCUACAAGAACUCCUCCCGCUCCCAGAAGGAGUUCCCCGACUACGCGCCCCUCGCCAGGGAGGCGGUGUGCCUGGCGCGCUUCCUCCAGAAUCCGCUCAUCGAGUACUGCGGCCUCACCCUCGACGGCGCCGAGGAAGUCCUCUGCCUCCCUUUCCACCCGCAGCAGGAGCUGGUCCCGAAGGAACUGCUGCACCAGCACCUGAUGCGCACCUUCAUCGACGUCGUGAACGAGGUGGGGGUUGACAUCAACCACGCCGUGCAGCACAAGUUCGCCGCCGGCCCGCUGCAGUUCACCGCGGGUCUCGGGCCGCGUAAGGCGCAGGCCCUCCUGCAAGCCCUCGAGCGCAAGGGAGGGCUCGUGUCGUCGAGAGAAGAGAUCGACGCCGCGCUCCAGACCUUCAGCACGCCCUCGGGCAAUCCCGACGACGAGGAUCGCAUGUCGGUGGUGUACACCAACUGCGCGGGCUUCCUGCGAGUCUGCAACAAGUACUUCCUGCGUGACCACCGCGACAUCAUCGAUCCGUUGGACGACACCCGCAUCCAUCCGGACGACUACGGGUUUGCUCGCAAGAUGGCGGCCGACGCGCUGGACGAGGAGGAAGACGAAGGCAGCUCGCAGGUGGAGGCCAUCAUCCGCCGCCCACAGAAGCUGGAGGACAUCGAUCUCGAGUCGUUCGCGGAGGAGUGGGAGAGGUCGGGCAAGGGCAAGAAGGCGGUGGCGCUGCAGGACAUCCGGCGGGAACUGGGCGACCCCUACGCCGACCCGCGCGAUUCCUACCGGGACCUGACGCCCGACCAGCUCUUCUACCUCCUCACGGGCGAGACCGAGACCACCCUCAGGGCGGGCCAGUUGGUGCACGCCAAGGUGUUCCGCGUGAGCCGCGACAUCGUCUUCUGUCGCCUCGACAACGGCCUCUUCGGGUCCAUCCGCCUCCUCGACCUCACCGACUCGGCUGUACAGUCGCCCGACGACGUCGUCGUCCCUGGGCAAUACCUGGCGUGUCGGGUGUUGUCCGUGGACAAGGAGAAGUUCAGCGUUGCGCUGGCGUCGUCGCACAGCAAGCUCAACGACCCGACCCUGGGCGACCACUACGGCAAGCUGGACCCCUACCUCCUCGAGAAGGAGGCCGAGCAGACCGAACUACCCCGCGACCUCGCCGCCAUCCAACGCAAAAAGGCCGCCGCAGCCGCUGCCGGUGGUGCCCAGCGGAGGGCGCCGGCGCGAAAGAAGCCGCAGAGAACGAUCACGCACCCGCUCUUCCGGAGCUGCUCGUGGCGCGAGGCCGAGGACCUCCUGCGUGACAAGGAGCCCGGUGCCGAUGCGAUCAUCAUCCGGCCCUCUUCACAGGGCUCCAACCACCUCAACAUUUCCUGGAAGCUCACCGACACCGUUUGCAUCCACACCGACGUGGUGGAGCGGAGCAGCAAGAAGUGGGAGGUGGAGAAGCAGGUGUACGAGGACAUGGACGAGCUCAUCUACCGAUUCAUCGAGCCCAUGACCGAGUUCGGACGGGAGAUGCAGAACUACCGCCUGUACCGAGCCGAGGGGCGCGACAGCAUCGAGCAGCGCCUCCGGCAGGAUCGCGAGACCAACCCCGCGCGCAUCCCCUACUACGUCAUUCCUUCGCCCGACCAAUCCCGCCGCUUCACCAUCGCCUACUGGCACCAGAAGCCGCGCUUCGAGAGUGUCGCUGUGACGCACGAGGGCUACCGAUACCGCGGGCAUCACUUCAAGAACCCGGAGAAGCUGAUCGCCUACUUCAAGGCCAACUUCAAGAAUCCCCGCCCCUCGCGUGUCAAGGACGCGGCGCGGGAAACACACGGGCCGGCCAUCCACCCGACACGACUGGCCAGCAUCGCGCCGCACCACCACCAGCAGCCCCCACCGCCCAUGGUCCCCUCGCCCUGGGGCCAGUGGGGCGCCCACUAA